AUGUCCUCUCUCCGCUCGCUGUCGAAACACGCUCGCGCGCUUUUGCGCACGCUCCCCACAAAACCCAACGCGACGCGCGCCUUCCAUUCCCCAUUCAAGGUGCUGUCACAGGCGCCCCUCGUCCAGUCGCCCGCCGAGGUGUCGCCGCUGUACGAGAAGCAGCUCGACCACUCGCCCGACCCGCAGCUCUCGUCGACCGGCACGCGCAUGUACGUCGUGUCCGAGCCCGACCCCGCCAACACGCCGUACCAAGUGCCCUCGGGCGCGUACCCCACCUCGGCGCCGUACAAGAGCUACCCCGCCACGGAGGCGCCGUCGUCCCAGGGUGCGCACCGCUCCUCAACUAGUUCUGACCUUGCUCACCCCAUAACCAAUGCCGCUCCGCAGAAUGAAUCGGGCGUCAUGGAGAGCUCCGCCGUGCGGUAUGGUGAGGCUCCCGGCGAGAUGAAUGAGAGAGGUGGAAGCUACGGCGGACUGGGCUUGAUGGAUCGCGCGGGUACGAAGAGCGGAAAGGGGCAGCUGGCAGAUAGGAACCCACCUCCUGAUGAUCCCGCACUCGCCGCGAGGUGGUCGAAGAUGGGCAUUGACAACGCUUGGAAGGAUAGAAAAUGA